AACAGCAGGCCCUCCAGCGAGCAGACAGGUCUCGUGACACAUUCAACCCUUAGCCCUCUACAGCACAAGAUGGUGUUGGAGACAAAGGUUGACCCCCGAGUGAAUUAUGCACAACACAUUUCCUACUAUCGCACCCAGGAUAUCAGUCGCAUCAAGAAAGCAUGGGUGACUGUGACGCGCGCAGAGCCAAUUUUCCGGACGGUCUUCACAGAAGGUGAAUCCGAUAUUAUUCAACAGGUGGUAACGGAGAGCCAAUUUCACUGGGAGGAACAGGCAGUUCGCACCUCACAGCAAGUCAAGAAUCUUCAGGAUGGCAUCAUCAGACGAACUGCUCUAGGUAUGUCCGUUUUGGUACUACACCACGAAGGGAUCGAGCUGCCACGCGGUGAAAGCAUGGUAGUGUGGACCACUCAUCGUGCUCUGUUGGAUGGGUUCUCAAGUCUCCUAUUGUUGAAGAAGCUGGACCUGGCACUUCAAGGACACGAAAUCAAACCCUCUAUUCCUUUUGCGCAAACAGGAAAAGAUCUGCACCAGCUCCGAGAACGGAUAAAGAAUGAGGCAUCGAGGUUCUGGGAAGAUCGUCAAAACGAGCUGUUAGAGUCCAAAGGCGAAUUCAAUAUUCCUGAUACAGUGUCCCAGGAGAGCCGUGGCCCGGUGAAUAUCGAGUAUGUGCACCCGGAACCUGUGGACCGAGUGCAACUGAACCAGAGCGCAAAACGAUUGGACGUAACCUCGGCCUCGAUUGUACACGCCGCUUGGGCCUUGCUGGUUUCACUGUAUUCUAAUUCCAGCCAGGUGAUGUUUGGGAUGGUGCUCUCGGGCCGGGACUUGCCUUUCACCUGGGCCCCGUCUGUGAUCGGCCCUUUAAUCAAUCAGCUACCCUACAAUUGCGCAAUCAAAAGACAAAUGGCCGUGUCUGACUUCGUCCAGCGCGUUCAUAAGGACAUUCGUGACUACGCGCGAUUUCAGCUUUGUGAGAGCCCCGUGGGCACCCCGCCAAUUACCACCAUGCUCGUGGUGCAGGACACCGACAUGCGCAGGCCAUCAGUGAUCCUGCCCCCAUUGCGUGAACCACGCAUGAGAGAAUCUACCAGCCUUCCCCUUGUCAUGGAGGUGCAAAGAGCAGGCGAGAUGCGCCUUGUGUAUCGUAGUGAUCGGUUCACAGCUCCAAUAAUACAGGACGUGGCGGCCAUCUUUCAAAACAUCGUCCACCUUCUUACCAGCACCGAUGACCGUCUUACUGUAGGGCAUUGCCUUCACCACAGCCUCCCGCCGCCCAUGCAUCACACUCUCCUGCAGCUGGGUAAUACCGAUCGACCAAAAUCACGAGUGACCAACACUGGGCCGACCCUCGGCAGCAUUUUCCGGAAGACAGUGAGUCAGCAUCCCGACCUCAUCGCUGUAACAAAGGACACAAUUUCCAUAACUUAUCGCCAACUACUGGACUCGGCUCAGCGCGUGGCUUUUGCCGUCCUCUCGCAUGCGCGCCCGGGAGAUGUCGUUGCUGUGAUCGCUGAUCGAUCCAUCAACUGGAUUAUUGGAGUUUGGGCUGCGGUGCUGGCUAACACGGCCUAUUGCCCAAUUGAUGCUUCAUUUCCUAUCGACUACCAGGUAUCACUGGUAAAGCAAAGCCGUGCCCCUCUAGUGUUAUUUCCAUCAUCAGAGCAACGAAGACGAGGGCGAUUCCAAGGCGUGACAGCUGUUGCAACUGAGGAUAUUCUACAGACCGCCAAAAUCCGCAUUAUGAGAUCGUGGCCGACACAAAAACCAAGUGAUGUGGCAUACGUCUGUUUUACCUCUGGGUCGACUGGGGUUCCCAAAGGUGUAAAGUGUCUUCAUCGGGGAUUAGUAGCCCUUCAAUCCCGCGAGGAAUAUCGAAUCUUCAGCCGACCGGGACGUCGGAUCGCCCAAUUUCUCUCUCCUGGCUUUGGAGGUUGCGUAUUCGAGGUCUUUGGUACUUUGUGUUAUGGAGCCACUUUGGUGCUACGAGCAAAGGACGAUGAUAUGUUGUCACACCUGGGCCAGGUGGACGCCACCAUUCUUACCCCAUCCGUUGCCGCCGAAAUGGUUCCCUGGCACUUUCCUAACAUCAAAUUUGUCUAUUUUGCUGGCGAACCGGCCACAGAGCCCAUUGUCGCCCGCUGGUGGUCCCCAGAGCGGCAGCUGUACAAUGCUUACGGCUCCACCGAGGCUACGGUUAUGAAUACCCUAGGCCGACUAGCCCCCGAUUUGCCAAUAUGCUUGGCUAGUCCAGUCCCGUCCUCCCGGCUGUAUGUAUUGAACGAUGACGGGGAUCUUGUUCCACCAAAUACGGUCGGACACAUCAACAUUGCGGGUGUGCAGGUGAGUGAUGGAUACAUCAAUACGACAUCGCCAAAACAGAACGAAUUCCAGCAAGACCCUUUUGUUGAUGGACACGAAAGAAUGUAUCGCACCGGAGAUUUGGGCCACUUUGACCACGAGGGCAAUCUUUGGUACUGCAGCCGCAAAGACCGCCAGGUGAAGGUCCGCGGAUAUCGAGUGAACCUCGACGAUAUCGCGCAUGCAGUCUACCGCCUGGUGCCCACAGUCCGCAAAGCCGUGGCGGUUCUGCGUGAAGAUGGUACCAUCGUGCUCGUUGUGUGCCCGGAGAGGGUGGAUGAGGCUGGUAUUCGUGAAGCCUUGCGCACCGCCCUACCGCCUCAUUAUCAGCCCUCUCAGAUACAGAUACUGGAUAAAAUGCCGAUGACGAAAAAUGGGAAGAUGGAUCUACAAGCACUGAAGAAGGUCAACCCCAGGAGAGACUCCGGGUCGAAACCGGACAUGCGAAUCCACCCACUCAAUGGAACGGCAAGAGCUAUAGCUGAAGCCUGGAAACGCAUUUUAAGCCUCGAGCCCUCCGCUAAUUUAAACGGAGAAGAUGAUUUUUUUAAACUCGGCGGAGACUCAAUCUCAAUGCUCAAACUGGCACGCGAGCUGAACGACACCUUUCAGAUUCGGGUGACGGUGCGGGAUGUCGUGUUGCGGUCUGUCCUGCGGGAUCUUGCGGCCUUGAUCGAUGCCCUGCCCAAGGCUUCACUCAGCCCAGAGGGGGCCCAAGGGAAGAGCACCAGGCGCCUAGGAAUCACCGAGUUGUCUCCUCCGGAAACAUUGUGGGUGCACUACUACACCACCUCUAAAUGUCAAAGCGCGUUUAAUGUUCCAUUCUAUGCCAGCCUUUCGCCACGUGUUGAUCUCCACAGGCUCGCCUCGAGCGUGGAGGAGACACUAAAUCGACACCGCAUCUUGCGGACUCGCAUCAAGAGGACUCGUAACGGGAACAUGCGCACCAUCUCGGACCAGCGCAUCGAGGUGGCAUAUGAGACGACCAUCGAUGUAGGGGAAUGGAUCAGUGAGCCGUUCCAACUUGGACAAGGCUUGGUCCGAGCUGCCAUGACCAAAGAUACAUUGCUUCUCAAUUUCUCUCAUCUACUCUGUGACAAUGACACCCUGACACAUCUCCUGCAGGAGAUUGGGAACUUGUAUCACGGUAAACGAGUACCUGCUGUGAAGCGUGAAUACUUCGACGAGGAACCCUGGUCCUUCCCGGUGCCACUGCCGAAAGAGUUAGAAGCCUUCUGGUGUGCCCAUCUAACGGGCCUUGAGGUUCCACGUUCUCUAGCGGCGCAGCGAGCCCGUUCUUACCGUGGAGCCUCCGUGCAAUCCAUAAUCCCCGCAUCCUCAGCAAAACGUCUCCGGGAGACCUGUGCGGAUUGCCAUGUAUCGCUGCGACAUUUUGCCCUAGCUGUUGUAGCGAUCACUUUGCAGACACUGGCCAAUACCCGAGACGUCGUACUCGGAUGCCCAUACAUCAACCGUUCCAAUGACGCAGGCGCAGACACGACCGGACUCCACCUGGAGCCGCUGCCUCUUCGCUUCAGGGUGGCAGAUUCCUCAGAAUCAACGCAGACAGUUGAAAAUCUACUGCGGGCUGUGGGAACGACAGCGCAGUCCGCCGUAGCGCAUGCAGUCCCGUGGCAUGCGUUGCUAGCGCUGUUGGGACUCCCAUUUCCCUCCACUCACUCAGCCGUUUUUGACUGCGCCGUCACGUUUCGAGAGGAGCGCAGUGUUGAGGAUGGCCAGCAGCUCCCGGACAUCGAUGGAUUGGUGCCUCACCCAGUCUCGCCCGAUGGCGCGAUCUUUGCUCUCCUGUUCGAGUGGCGUUUCACGGCCGAUGAGCAGGGGGUGUCGCUGCGGCUCGGAUAUGACACGGAUCUUCUGACUCCU